AUGGUUCCUUCAUUGCCGCUCGAUGUUCUUGUCCACAUCCUCUACCAGAUUCCUCCUUCCCGGGACCUUAACAGUAUUUCUGUCAGAACAAUUGUUCAAUGUUCCUUGACGAAUACGCUCUUCCGAGAAGCUGCGGCUAUACCGGCUCUUUGGCAACAGCAUUAUCAAGUCCGAUAUCUUCACGCCAAUGAGGCAUCUGAGGGCCAAAGAAAGGCAGAGACUAAUGGAAACUGGAAAUUGAUGUAUGCUGCGCGAAGGAUGAUUGAUAUGAAGGUGCUCAAACACCUUGAUUCAAUCGUUAUGAAGAGGGUGGGGAGGUAUGAUCAUGCAAACGCCUUAACAAAAUUCCUAUUUGAUGCUUGGGAUGUGCUGGAAAUUGAGACUGGUAUGGUAGAUUCCAGUAGGCAUCUGAAAAUACGUGAAUUUGGAGAGAGACAUUCGCUGUCGGCUACUCGCGUGUAUUGGGCUUCAGCGGUGUUAGCUUCUAUUGGCCAAACGUACGCCGUAGGGCUUUGGAGUAGCCUUCGAUUAGGGAACAACUCGGUACCUUUUGUGCAAGCCUUCUCCUCUAUAUCUUGCUUCUUUGGUAAACAUCCGGAUGAGAUAAGCUCUAUGUUGAUCAGUCUCAACUCCCGGUGCAAAAGCUAUCUCUCUCGCCUCAACAUUCCUUUGUCCCACACCGAUCCAAACUAUGAUUCCAAGAAGCUUUGCAUACUCAUAUGUGAUUUCAUGAGUAAUGAGGGAUAUGGACCAGUCGUUCCUCACAACUUUCACGACGUUCUCAACUUAUUCCCUCACUUCUACCUCACGUCGCACAAGCGUACAAUUCCACUUUCUCUUGUCCACAUUUUUGUCUCAAUUGCACAGUCCCUUGACGUUACUGCAUUCCCCGUAGAUUUUCCGGUUCGGGUUUUGGUGCACAUCUCCGUACCAGACCCCGAGGUCGAUGAUUUCUACGUGGACGUGUUUGGAUCACAAACCAUUCUUACUUUGCGGGACGACAUUCCUGCGAUCCUGGCACGUCAAGGAAUUCAAGCUGAUAGCAUGAUGCACUAUAUAUCACCAAGCGGUGCAGCUUCCAUGCUCCUCAGGAACGGUCGCAACAUUCUAUCAUCGUUAAACAUACCAGCUACCCCCCUCUCUCUCAUACGACCUUCAGCGCUUUUAGCACUUACCAUAUUCUUAGUGCUGACUAGUAGUGGCCGCCUCGUUAUUCAGCUGAUGUCCCAAGCUGAGCCAUUGGAUUGCGCUACGUUCAUAACCGAAGCGCUAAUUCCUAGCCUAGACGGUGCUGGUAAAGUCCAAGAUGACCUUCAUCAAGCAUCUCAAAAGGGUCUUGAGGAAGAGGCAAUCUCCGCACAAGAAAUCAAACUAAGAUCCCCCGAGGAAACUGUACAUCAUUUCGUAGGGAUGCUUUUUGAGCAUAAAAGAUACAACUAUACAGCUUUGAUCACUGGCUGGGAUGUGAGCUGCGCGUCAGAAAGCUGGAUCAAGGAGAUGAAGGUCUUGGAUCUCCCUAGAGGCCGUGAUCAACCGUUUUACCAUGUUGUAUGCAUGGAUAGUUCUUCACGAUAUGUUGCCGAAGACAAUAUCAAACCCUUGCUCUCCGCAUCGAAUGAGCUUUUAAUGCAAAUGUGUCAAAACAUCGCCAUCCUGCCAAAGUUAUUUACUGGAGUGCUCACGAAACCGAAAACAAGAAGCACAGAACUCCGGAAUGUACCGCUCGAAGAGCAGAGGGCAAGGUUCGUGCUGAGUCCAGAGCUUACUGAAGCAUAUCCAGAAGAUGAGUCAUUGGGAGAUGCAUGGUUAGCUGGAGGAGAAUCAGUAUGA